AUGACCCGCGUAGUCCUCGACUGCCAUUCGAUCUGCCCCCCUGAGCUCGUGGACACUGGAUUGUUUUGCCGUAAGAAAGAUUACGGCCGGGGGGUUGGGUACCCGUGGAAGUUUGGCGACGGCGUGUCUAAUUCCACAGGCAUGUUCCAACGCUGCGAAAAGGACAACGGGCAGGACGAGUGCGAAAUAUGA